AUGGACCUCAACAACGACCCAACCAUCCCCCUCCUCAGGGCCACCCGCGCCGCGCCCGCUUCCCCGGCCCCCUUCAAGCUCUCGGCGCCGCAACUGUUCGCCAUCUACCUCUUCUGCGUCACCCGCCUCCUCCGCGCCCUCCUCCUCGUCGCCUGGCCCGCCCUCGGCCUCGCCAGCUUCGAGAUCCCCGCCACGGGGCCGGCCUUCAUGAUGGCCAGCCUCCUCGCCUCGCGCGACCUCGUCCUGGGCGCCCUGCUCUGGACCGCCGACCGCGGUUCGCGCCGCGAGACCAGCCGCGCCCUCCUCUUCAACCUCCUCGUCGACUCCAUGGACACCUUCAUCCUCAUCUUCUCCGCCGCCUGCGACUGGCACGACAACCGCAGCCCCCUCCCCGAGAUCGUCACCGUCGCCGUCCUCGCCAUCCUCGAGCACCUCACCCUCUACAGCAUGAGCGAGGACGACUGCCCCGACUACCAGGGCCACGGCGGCGGGAACGUCUAUGUUGCGUAUGGCGGGGCCGCCAACUACGCCUACGGACUGCAGGUCUCCGAGGAUAAGCAGCGCAGGGUCGACGCCUGGCUGACGGAGCUGAGGGCCGCGGAGGAUCAGAUGCCGCCGCAGCAGUACCGCCCCGCGUCGACGAUUGUGGCCGAGUCCAAUGUGCCGCGCCGGGCUGUCCACCCAGCGCAUGAACCUCGCCCUCGCAUCACUAUACUCGGCGGCCGUGGCAUCAACCGGCGCGCGGUCCACGCCCGUCCUCUGGCUCCGCAUCGGCGUCCUCGCACGCAGCCUCCCGUCCAGCAGCUCAAUGUCGGUGACCCUGCACUCGACGUACCAGUACUCGCACCCGUGCAGCCUGGCGAGCUCAAUCCCCCUGUCCAGGAUCUCCCGGUAGUUGCAGGUGCUAUCAAUGAUAAGGCUGAACCCUUGCUUCAGGAUGGACUCGGCCAGCGCCCAGUUCAGGCGGUAGGCCGACUUGGCGGCGUCCUGGAAGGCGAUCUCGUUGCCGGAUAG